AUGAGUGCUGAAGUAAUGACUUCUUCUACAGAACAAUCUGAAACUGUACCAAAUCCAUCAGCGGCAGAAGCAGCAGCAGCUGUCGAGAAUGUCGCAGUCGAUGCUGAAGUUAAACCAGUCAAUGGCACAGAUCAAAAAGAAGAAGAAGAAGCAGUAGUAGAAAUGGCCACCGAUGAACCAACAGCUAAUGAAACGAAUCCCGGUAAACGAAAACGCUCGGUGAAAAAAGUAAUUGAAAACAUGGAAAGUAUUUCUAUUGCACGUCCUAAACGUACUUUAUCGAAACGUGAAGAAGUACCAACAGCUGUGACGAACGGAACACCGAAGGCAACUAAGCCAAAAGUUGAACAAGUAAAUAAUGAUGCCGAUGAUGAAGAACGUGAUAAAAAUAUUCCAGUGCUUUAUGAUGUUGCUGAUGUGGUUUGGGUAAAAAUGGGUGGACAUCCAUGGUGGCCAAGUCUUAUUAUUCGCGAUCCAAAUGAUUCCAGUGGAAGUUUUACGAAAGUAUCUGGUAAUGCUCGAGCAAAACGAAUGUAUUUUGUGGUAUUCUACGGUUCAACUGCAGACUUUGCCUGGGUUUCGGAUGCUGCUAUUAUCGCUUAUAAUGGUGUCGAAGCUUUUACGAAAUUCGCACAGGAAUGCGUUGAUAAGGCACAAACCAAAUCACAAAAAGAACAAUUAACUGAACGAUUUCAAUUGAAAGUCACCAUUGGUCGACGUGAGGAUUGGGAAUCAGCAGUACGUGAAGCUGAUGAGGCAAUCAAACAAACCAGUGAGAAACGUCUGGAAAACAUUGAACCGAAAAUUCAAUUCUAUACGAAUAAAAUCGGAACUCCAAAAGGUCAAACUGGUCGUCGACCUAAAACAUCAAAUACCAAAUCGGAAGAACCACCUGCCCUAUCGGUUACAUCAACUAUGGAUCCAUUGGAUCGGUCAUUAUUAGCUGAAAAAACAUUUGAAUUUAAAUCGGAUGACGAAGAUUCACCAAACGAAACUCCGCUUCGUAAAGCACCAUCUGUAAAAAUCAAACUCAGUAAACGAACAUCCAAUGAUUCCGAUUCGAAUACAACGCCGCCAUCAAAACGUACGUUAAUGCGCAAAACUCCUGCCACUGAAGAUAAACUCAAUUCUAACUCAUCGGCAACUGUCUUCGGUCAGACAGCCAAUGGAUCAUCCGUUUCAUAUCAACAACGAACACCGGCAAUUGAACCUGUUGAUACAACUCCAACAAAAUCCAAUUCGACCGAUCUGGUCAACGGUGCAAGCAGUGGAAAAAAACGAGGGCGACUAAAUCCCAGCAAACAAUCAAGUAGCGACGAUGGUCCGACACCAGAGUUUCAUUCGGCAACUCCAACAGUUACAACAAAAUUUACUACACAAAGAAAACCAAUUCAAAAACCACAAGCAUUUAUGAAUUCAUCUGUUUCGAAUGGUCAACAUGAUAUUCGAACUGGAUUUUUGUCGCCAUUCGAAGAGCAAGAAGUACUCGAUGCACUUGAUCAAUUAGGUUCAACAAAAACAUUUGACGAAGCUGAACAAAAAGCCAAACGUCGAUUCGAACAUAUACUCUGUUUAAAUCUCAAUCGUACACAUGUCGAUAUUCCGCAAGAAUGGUUUUAUACGUUUUUGUUUUCACAUCCAUCAAUCAUUAUGAAGAAUCCACAAUGGUUUGCUGACACGAAUAGCAGUUCGGAUAACUUGAAUGAUGCUGAUCUAUUGAACAAUGUUCAAUCAUCGAGUAGCUUAGCUGUACUCAAACAUCAACUUGUUGUUCUUUCGAAGUUAUAUCGAAAUGAAUUACAAGCUCGCCCAUCUGCAUCUGCUAUUCAAACAAAAUAA